GUUCACACAUGUUAUAACAACUGAACAUUUCACCAUUAAUGGAAAAUUUUCGUCGGACAGCUUCUUGAUAGAUUAAAUUGACGGUUUCUUUGGUUGGGUUUGCUGUUAAUAAAGCUAAAGCGACGAUUCCACAUUGAGGUCCAUCUUGGAUGAGAACUCCUAAAGAAAAGUUUUUUUAGGUUAACUAAAACUACCGGAUUCUUCUAUUUACUUAGACCAUUUAAAUUCAAAAAAAAACUAAAUGGGAAGUAUUAAGAAAUCUCAAAAUAAACCUAAUUGCGCCGGCAAAGAAAACUUCGAACGUAUGAAUUAUUUGUAUCAAAUUAGUAAUCUUUUUGGAGUUGAACAAAACGAUAAUUCAAAAUCGUUUUCAAGGCAUUGUACAAAUUUGAUGAUAACUAUUUCAAAAAAAACUGUUUUAAGAAUUGAACCAAAAAUUAAAAGAACAAUCUGCAAAUUAUGCAAAAUUAUUUUAAUUCCAAGGAAAACUUGCAAAGUCAAGGUAACAAAAAGAAAAGUUAAAUGGACUUGUAACACUUGUAAAACGUCCAAGGUGUAUUUAACAAAUAAAGAGUAUCCUUGUUGGGUUGAUAAUCCUCAAAGUGUAUUGGAAAAAUUGGAGUAUACAAAUACAAAAUAAAUAUGUGAAUAAAGUUAAUUCGUUUAAUA